CAGUCCCCCAGGUCUUUCACGACUUGCAUGCUCAUUGAGCACGGAAAUCUUUGGAAUUCUUAACCGGACGCACAUUACUCCUCACUCAUGCUUUUUUUCUCAUUUUUUAAGACGCUUGUUGGGAAGGAUGUUCUUAUCGAGCUGAAAAAUGAUUUAUGCAUUUGUGGCACACUGCAUUCGGUCGACCAAUAUCACAAUUUCAGACUUAUGGACAUUAGUGUCACGGAUCCCGAAAAGCAUCCACACAUGUUAUCGGUAAAAAAUUGUUUCAUCCGUGGUUCUAUCGUUCGGUACGUCCAACUGCCGGCGGAUGAAUGUGAUACAGUUGAACUGCAGAAUGCGUCCAGAAAAGAAGCCACUCUCGGGAAGCAGGCAGCUCAGUGAUUCUACGUGUUCUAUCCACCGGUGUACAGCGUAAUCGAUCUUACGGUAUACGAUGCUCUGUUUGCCAUUUUAUUGAUCGUACUGGCGACAUUUUCACUUACAUUCUUAUGCAUUCAUUUCCGGUUUUUGACUCUUCUGAGGAUACUCAGCCGGCCGCUCUUUGAGAGAAUUCUGUCUACUAUGCGCCUUAUCAACACAGUCCGAUUCGUGUCUAACGCGCGUCCAGAGCUCCUCGAAAGUUGGUCUCAAUGAAACAGCUUUUGGUAACACCGCAGUUCCCACAUUUGCGUACUCUAGUUCAAUUCUGUUUUUUGCCUUAGACCUCUACCUAACAAAUAUCCUGCUUCCUGCACCCGCAUGCAAGCCAAAGCCUCCGGUACUUCAACCUUUCUCCUGCUUCUGCAAAGGUGUGUAGAAAGAACAAAAACAAUCUAUGUGUGUUAAAUCUGCCUCA